ACCGCAUCCAACAGCUCCCCUAUCGCCCACGUCCCGACUAUCCGGUCUAUAGCAUCCAGCCCCCGACCAGCUCAACCUCGACUCAUCUCGACCAUAUAAAAGCGAAACUUCGGGCAACAGCACGCAAGAGAGGGCCAAGAUGAACUGGGUCGAGGUGGACCAGCAGGACAAGCAAUAUGUUUCGUCUGAUGUCCCUCGGAGAAUAAAACAUAUUCAGUUUCAGCCUUUGAUCCCCAAGGAUAUCGUUCGUAUCUCCGAGGUCCAGGUCAGCGUUGCCGAGCUGUAUCAGAACAACGAAGAUGGAACGAGGGUCACUGCGACACAAGGACCUCUAGAUCCGCGUAUGGGUCCGAAUGAGAAGGGCAAAAAGUGCGCGACUUGUGGUGAAGAAGCCGCCAAGUGUGUAGGACACUAUGGUUACAUCAAGCUGGUGCUGCCAGUAUUCCAUAUUGGAUACUUCAGGCCCACUAUUAACAUGCUUUCAUGUGUCUGCAAAACCUGCGCCCGAGUACUUCUCCCUGCCGGCGAAAGAAGCACCUUCCUCAAACGAUUCCGUCGUCCCAACCUCGAAUCCCUCCAACGACAAUCGGCAGCCAAAGCCGUGCUCGCCGCCUGCAAAAAGGUCAACAUCUGUCCCUACUGUUCCGCUCCCAACGGUGUUGUCAAAAAGUCCGGGCCGCUCAAGAUCAGCCACGAACCCUAUCGCGCAGCCAAGAUGGCGAAUAUGAAGGACGAGUGGAUGGCGACUUUCAAGAGCGCGGUAGCGGAGAAUCAGGCGGUGGCGACGCACUUGAGCAAGGCGGUGGAUGAUCUGAAUCCGUUGAAGGUGUUGAAUCUGUUUGAGAGGGUGACCGCGGAGGAUUGCGAGUUGUUGUCGCUACAUCCGGAAGUUGGUCGACCAGAGGAUUAUCUCUGGCAGUACAUUUCUGUACCUCCGCCUUGUAUCAGGCCCUCUGUUGCUUCAGAGGCUGGAAACAACGAGGACGAUUUGACCGCCAAGCUCGCAGAAAUUGUAAACUACAACAACACACUGGCGUUGAUGAUGGAUCUCGGUCGAGGUAUUGAAAUGAUCUCCUCAAACUGGGAAGUUCUAGGCCAAGCUGUCGCCUUAUACAUCAACUCUCAGGCCCCCGGUAUGCAAGCCGUCGGCGGCAAGCCCAUCCGUGGCUUCGUCCAACGUCUCAAAGGAAAACAAGGUCGUUUUCGAGGAAACCUUUCCGGAAAACGUGUCGACUUCUCCGGCCGAACCGUCAUCGGUCCCGAUCCCAAUCUCCGUAUCGACGAAGUCGCCGUCCCCGAAAAAGUCGCGGUCAAACUCUCUUACCCAGAGAGGGUGACGGAUUACAACAUGGAGGCGAUGCGGCAGGCGGUGAUCAAUGGAUCGAGGCUGCACCCAGGAGCCAAUGUGUUGGAGAGGAAGAUGGAUAACGGGGGGACGAUGCGGAUUGCGAUGCAUGUGAUGAAGGAGAAGGAGGCGAGGGUUAGGUGGGCGAGGGAUUUGCAGAUUGGAGAUGUCGUGCAUAGGCACGUGAGGGACGGAGAUAUCGUUCUUUUCAACCGACAACCGUCACUGCACAAACUGUCCAUUAUGGCUCAUAGAGUGCGAGUCCGUCCUUGGCGUACGUUCAGGUUGAACGAGUGUGUUUGUAACCCCUACAACGCCGAUUUCGACGGUGAUGAGAUGAACUUGCACGUUCCUCAGACCGAAGAAGCUCGAACUGAGGCUCUCGAACUCAUGAAUGUCAAGAAAAACUUGGUCACUCCCCGUAACGGUGAACCCAUUAUUGCUGCCAUUCAGGAUUUCAUCACCGCCUCCUACCUCCUCUCCCGCCGUGAUAGGUUCUACGACCGCCAACAAUUCACUCAAAUUGCCUCCUAUCUCGGAGAUGCGAACCUGAAGAUUGAGCUGCCCCCACCUACCAUCUGGAAGCCAGAGCGGCUAUGGACCGGAAAGCAGAUCUUCAAUCUGCUAAUGAGGCCGAACAAGGAUUCGAAGGUGCUUGUCAACUUGGAAGCCAAGUGUCGAACGCAGCAUGACCCCGCCAAGGAGGACCGUUUCCCGCCAGACAUGUCUCCGAACGAUGGGUACCUCGUGAUCCAGAACAGCGAGAUCAUGUGUGGCGUAUUCGACAAGAAUACGGUCGGAGACGGAAAGAAGAAUUCCGUGUUUGGUGUCAUCUUGCGAGAUUAUGGAACGGAAGAAGCGGCGAAUGCGAUGAACCGACUGGCCAAGCUCGCUGCCCGCUGGCUCGCCAACAUUGGUUUCUCUCUCGGUAUCAACGACGUUAUCCCCGGUCCCAUCCUCCACGCUUCCAAAGAUGCUCGUGUCGAGAAGGCGUACGUGGACUGUGACAACUUUAUCGAAUUGGCCAAGAAGGGUCGGUUGGAGAACUCGCCGGGAUGUGAUCAGGAAGCGACGUUGGAGCAGAAGAUCUCAAAGACGCUUUCAGACGUUCGAGAGGCUGUUGGAAAGACGUGUAUGCAGGAGCUCAGUAGGCACAAUGCGCCACUUAUCAUGGCUACCUGUGGUUCUAAAGGUUCCGUUAUUAACGUCGCCCAAAUGGUUGCUUGUGUCGGUCAACAAAUUAUUGCUGGUUCUCGUGUACCCAACGGUUUCCAAGAUCGAUCCCUCCCCCAUUUCCGAAAGAAGUCCAAGAACCCUCCUUCCAAGGGUUUCGUCCGCAACUCUUUCUUCUCAGGUCUUACCCCUCCCGAAUUCCUUUUCCACGCCAUCUCUGGUCGUGAAGGUCUUGUCGAUACUGCCGUCAAAACUGCCGAAACCGGUUACAUGGCGCGAAGGUUGAUGAAGGCGUUGGAAGAUUUGUGUACGCACUACGACUUGAGUGUGAGGAAUAGUGUUGGAGGAAUUGUGCAAUUCCAGUAUGGUGAUGAUAUGCUGGAUCCAGCGUGCUUGGAAGGUGAUGCGACGCCGGUGGAGUAUGUUAGGAGUUGGGCGCAUGCUCGGAGAAUCACAGGAAACAAGGGACGGGCUCUUUACCCCUAUGAAGUACGCAAAAUCGCCGCCCGAAUCUACCCCGAGUCCUACAUCCCGCCUGCACCUCCCACGCCCCCUCCCCAAAACAACCGUCGACGCCAGCGCGCUCCCUCUACUCCUCCACCCCCUCCUGAGAUCCCCGCUGUGCCGCAAGAAUGGCAAGGGUGCCACUACAAGUUCAGAGAGAUCACUUAUCGGUUUGUGGUGGACAAGAUUGUGAAGCCGAUGAUGCAGCAGAGGUUGAUGAGAGGGCUGCCGGAUGCAGAUGAUGAGGAGAUGGCCGAAGAGUAUGAGUCUUUGCUCAACUCGGACGACCCUGCUGUGUCGCGAGUGCUCGAAAACGCCAACAAGGUCACUGAAGAGCAACUUACUUCCUUCCUUGAGAAUUGUCGUAUCCGUUACCUCCGUGCCAAGAUCGAGCCCGGUUCUACCGUCGGUGCCGUCGGCGCUCAGUCUAUCGGUGAACCCGGUACCCAGAUGACCUUGAAGACUUUCCAUUUCGCCGGUGUCGCUUCUAUGAACGUCACUUUGGGUGUGCCCCGUAUCAAGGAGAUUAUCAACGCCGCCAAGGUCAUCAGUACGCCGAUCGUCACGGCCGAGUUGAACAUCCCUGAGAGCGAGACGGCGGCGAGGAUCGUGAAGGGACGUGUGGAGAAGACUAUCUUGGGAGAUAUUGCGUCGGUGAUUGAAGAGAGUUGGACGAACGCAAACGCAUACAUCGAGGUCCAUAUCGACAUGGAAGCUGUGCGUCGUUUGCAGUUGGAGGUUACCCUGGAGUCAAUCAAGUGGUCAUUAGUACGCGCCAGUAAACUCAAGAUUCCAGAAGGAUCUAUUCACAUCUCCAACAAGACCAGCCGAGUCCGUCUAUGGAUCGACGAAGUCGACAAGGACAAGGACAAGGGCAAUGGUAUCUACGAACGCCUCAAAUUCCUCAAACGGGCCAUUCCGUCUGUCCAGAUCAAGGGUCUUCCCGGCGUCGACCGUGGUGUUGUAUCGAAAGACGAAAAGAAUGACGCCUACCACCGCCUGCUUCUCACUGGUUACGGUCUCUCCGAAGUCAUGGGUACCGAGGGUGUCAACGGUCUCAUGACCAAGACAAACCACGUUAUGGAGACGCAGCAGGUCCUGGGUAUUGAGGCGGCGCGACAAACAAUCUACAACGAGAUUCAAACAACAAUGCAGUCACACGGAAUGUCGAUUGAUCCUCGACACGUCAUGUUGCUGGGAGAUGUCAUGACGUACAAGGGAGAGGUGUUGGGUAUUACGAGGUUCGGCGUGCAGAAGAUGAAGGAUUCAGUGUUGAUGCUGGCGAGUUUCGAGAAGACGACGGAUCACUUGUUUGAUGCUUCGCUGUUCUCCAAAAAGGAUGAGAUUCAAGGUGUCUCUGAGUGUAUCAUCAUGGGUACUCCAGCGCCUGGAUGUGGUACUUCCUUGGCCUCCAUUGUUACCCCCGCUCCGCCUUUGCCGGCGAAGAGAUCCUUGUUGUUUGAAGCGGCGUAUAAGGCGGGACAGAGUCGAUUAGCGGCGGGGAUGGCUGUGGCGAUGAGAUAGACAUAAAGAAAAGGGAAGUUUCGGCCGCUUUUGACUCGUUCUCCUUCUUAUUAUAUAGGGCUCUUUGAUAAUGCUAUUCAUGACAUAUAUCCUUGGUUAUUUGCGG